UAAAAGAGCCGCGGAAACGAGGGUAGUUCCGCAGUGAACUAAAGAUUCGACUCCGAAAGGGUAGGAGCAGACGCGAUAUUUUUGAUUUCUGCUUCCGAGAUCUUCGUUCCAUCGGUGAGCAUGAGGAAGCUCGUAUUACUACUAGUGGUUUCGCUGGCGGCCACGUCGUUGGCGUCAUACGGCGAUGACGAUGGCGGACAUGACGACCGAUCUCGCCGCGGUGGCUACAGGCGCAUAUCGUACGGCGGUGGUUACGACGACUCUCACGACAGACGAGGCGGCCGCCGUGGCGGCAACGGAGGCGGAUAUGAUGAUGACAGCUACGGAGGCUACCAUGACCAUGACAACGGCGACGGAUACGACGACUCUUACGACAGACGAGGCGGCCGCCGUGGCGGCAACGGAGGCGGAUAUGAUGAUGACAGCUACGGAGGCUACCAUAACCAUGACAACGGCGGCGGAUACGGAAAUGCCGGGUACGGCGGCGGUAACGGAAAUACCGGAUACGGCAGCGGAUACAGUGGUGUAUCCCACGGAGGCGGUAACGGAAAUACCGGAUACGGCAGCGGAUACAGUGGUGUAUCCCACGGAGGCGGUAACGGAAAUACCGGAUACGGCAGCGGAUACAGUAGUGGAUAUGGAAAUACCCGGUAUAACAACGGAUACGGCAAUAAUCGCCGGGAUAGAAUCUACAUUAUUUAUCAUAGCCAGAGACCGGGUUCUAGAGGACACAGAAGAUUCAAACUGAAGGAUUUGUGGAAAGGAGAUAAGAAGCAAGGAUAUAAGCACUAACACAGCUGGCGGUCUAACAAAUGCCCCGUACUAAUAUACUUGUGGUCUAACAAACUCGAGACUGAACUUAAUCUAGUAUCGCAUAUAAAUUGUUUAUCGACUAAUUACUAUAAUAUAUGUACGCUUCAUUAUCAUAUGUACACUAUAAACCGCUAAUUUACGCCCUACUCACCAUGUUCACCAAAGUAUACCAUAGUUGUGUAACAUGAUAACGAGUCAGUUAUAAAUUAUUCGCCUCAUUUCUACUAAUAUAUCGUUUUAUUGACAGCGUUGAGCCUGAUGUAUACGGCUACAACUAUUUAUAGGCCACUCAGUGUAUAAUCCCAUACCGUUUACAUUAUAUCGUAACAAAUGACUGUAUACAGUUCGUUAACACAUUGUCGUGUUAUUAAAAUAAGGUUAUGUGAAUGUUAAA